GAAGCUGAAUUUACAGAAGUUGAUAAUAUGUUGGCGGAUGUUCUUACACGUGGACGCUACUAUGUAGCACCAUCAAACUUGUUGGUAAUCUCGAAAAACAUCACAGAAAAAACAACAGAACUACUUGGCGUUCUUAGAGAUUUGAAAUCACAGAAUUUCAAUAUUCUCAUUUCAUCUCUUGAAGAAAAAGAUGACGGCUCGGUAUCUCUUCCCGGGUUUGCUGAAUACCAAAUCACAAGUGUCCCCGAAAAACAUCUCUUGAAGUUGGCUAAUGCUAAUGAGCCUCCUAACAUAGGUGUCUUCUGGAACUUUGAUUCCUCCCAUAGAUUGAUAUCUCCUGAUAGUAUCUAUCAUAAUAUCAAAUGAGCUCUUGCAAAUCAAGGUCACCUUGGUCAAGUGUCUAUCUGGGCUUAUUGUGAUGAUGAUGACGACGACUUGUUUCUCCCCGAUAUCACUAUGAUACCGACAGGGAAUCGAACUGCCAGAUUCAAGCGGAUGUUAAAGUACAUUCUUUUAUGGGCGCUGCUAAAUCCUGUGGACUAUCCUAGAACAUUACCCUGUUUGAUGGUGAUCUCAGAUAUCGCCGGAAACAGACAGUUUGCCAAGGUUCUUCAGCUUUUGGUUACAGAUGACUACACUGUUCUUCUAACCGUGUCUGAUGAGAUGGAAUACCUACGCUCUGUAUGGUUUUAUCCAAAUCUAAAAAAAAAAUCAAAAGGAUUACUUCCUAUACGACCGAAAGCUUGCGUGCCUCCGCAGAUGCUAAAAGAGAAGGCUUGCGUGAUCCUAAAACAGACAUCUUUUGGAACUUUACCGAGGACACACUGAUAGAAGAUUGAAUGUAUUUUAUUAGCGUUCCGCCCAACCCCCCUCUCUUGAUCUCUACACUCAGAGAAUCAAGCCAAUAUCCAAGACCUUAUGUCUAAGGAUCUUUUUACAAAAUACUCAAAAGCUAAUUACAAACUCAAGACAAACUACUCUUUAUACU